UUUGUUAGCCAUUGUUUGCGGGAACACCAAAAAAUGUUCUUGAAUGUUUGUUCCCAUACUGACCUCACCUAACCUAACACACUUCUCCACCCAUUUUGUUGUUUCUUUGUUUGUUAGGCCCUGUUGUUUGCUUCUCAUUUGGGUUUUGUCGGGUUUAACUUCCAUCUUCAUCAUUAUUAUGGUUGUCCUUCAAACAUUCUUCCAUUUUCUAAGACUUUCUUAAAACCCCCUCAAUGUAAUUGACCUCUCAUUCAUUUCUUUUCUUCUCAAUAUUGUUCUAUAUGUAAGCAAAAUUAAACUCUCUACAUCUACUUCCUUUUUAAAUUCUAACACAUUCUUAAUUUCUAACAUUUUAUUUUGUGGGAGAGAUAUAUACAUAGGUGAGGAAGAUUUUUAUAGAUUGAAAAAAUUGGGGAUUUUCUUUUAAUUUAAAAAUAUAUAUCUAAACGAGCAGAGAAAUGAGUUGCUUUUCAUGUUUCUCCUCCAAUGAAAAGAAAGUACCAAAGAGACAUAACAAUAAUAAUAACAAUAACAACAACAAUGGAAAAAAGAUACAACAGCCUCCAACUCAAAUAUCUCCUAAGAAAGCAGCUCAACCUCAACAAGAGAAUAAUCAUUACAAGACAAGAGCUAGCCCACAACAAGACCCUAAAAUAAAUAAUGAGACCAACAAAGAUAAUGGUAGCAACAUUGCUGCACAAACUUUCACCUUCAGGGAAUUGGCUUCUAUCACAAGAAACUUUAGGCAAGAAAAUCUAAUAGGUGAAGGUGGAUUUGGAAGAGUUUAUAAGGGAAGGCUUGAAAAAACUAACCAAGAAGUAGCUGUGAAGCAACUUGACAGAAAUGGAUUGCAAGGUAACAGAGAGUUUCUUGUUGAAGUUUUGAUGUUGAGCCUCUUGCACCAUCAAAAUUUAGUGAAUUUAAUUGGAUAUUGUGCUGAUGGAGAUCAAAGAUUAUUGGUAUAUGAGUAUAUGCCUUUGGGAUCUCUAGAGGAUCAUUUGCUUGAUCUACCUCCACAACAAAAACCAUUAGAUUGGUUCACAAAAAUGAAAAUAGCAUUAGAUGCUGCAAAAGGACUAGAAUAUUUACAUGACAAAGCCAAUCCACCUGUCAUAUAUCGUGACUUAAAAUCAUCCAACAUAUUGUUGGACAAAGAUUUCAAUGCAAAACUCUCUGAUUUUGGACUAGCAAAAUUGGGACCCACAGGGGACAAGUCUCAUGUUUCUUCAAGAGUAAUGGGAACAUAUGGAUACUGUGCACCUGAGUAUCAAAGAACAGGUCAACUCACUGUGAAAUCAGAUAUAUACAGUUUUGGUGUUGUUUUACUUGAAAUGAUCACUGGAAGGAGAACCAUUGAUAACACAAGACCAUCAAAGGAACAAAACCUUGUUUCUUGGGCAAAUCCAAUAUUCAAGGACCCACAGAGAUACUCAGAACUAGCAGAUCCAAAGCUUGGAACAAAUUUUCCAAUGAGAUCACUACAUCAAGCAGUGGCAGUAGCAGCAAUGUGUCUAAACGAAGAACCAUCAGUGAGACCAUUGAUAAGUGAUGUUGUAACAGCACUUAGUUUCCUUGGAGCAUCACAAAUGAAUCAAGACCCACAAGUAAUGUCACCCAUUGACAUGCCAUCACCAACAACAAAUGAAGAAGAAGAAGAAAGUGAUAGUAAUGCAAUCUUGAGUCUUCUUGACGGUGAUAGUGCAUUGGAUCGCCAAAAAGCAGUUGAUGAAGCUAUUCAAUGGGGUUCAAAUUCGAGAAAUAAUAAUCCAACAAGGGCUGAAGAAAGUUCUAGUACCACUUUGUAAAUCCAUAUUACAAUGAACAAUAUUUAAUUAUUACAUGAUCAUCACAAACAAACGUACAUAUCAAUUCCUUUCUAACAAUGUACUUACACAUUUCUGGA